AUGGGGCAGAUGAAAGUCCCUGUGGACCGGGGCGGGGUCUGCGGUCGCGAGCCGCUCCUACCGCGCUUUUGUCCCGGGGCUCCCCAGGCGCGUUUGCAGGGAACCCCUGCCGCGAGGCCGGCCCGCCCCGACUCUGUGCCCCUGGGCAGCCCGGCGCCGAGUCGCCGCCGGCUUCGGGGGGGCCGUCCCGCCGCCGCGCCUCCGAAGGGUCUGCGCCAUCCGGGCGAGUGCGCAGUGCCGGGCGGGGGGCGGCGGGCUGGCGCUGCGGGGUCGCCGCGGGGAGGGCGGAGGCACCCCGCCGGGAGGUGCGGGUGCGUUCCGGGCGGCGGGGCGCGGACGCGCGCGCCGGGGAGCCCCCCGAGGAGUCCGCGGCUCCCCGAGGGCGGCCGCAGUCCUCAGACCCUUCUGAGGCGCGAGGCAGGCGACUCGUGGUCCGAGGGCUCCUCGGGCCGCCGGCAAGACAGCAGGCUGGAGGGCAGCGAGGAGGACUGGGCCGUGCGGGUGAGGGCCUGGCUGGGCCUCCUCCCGGGGCAGGUGCAGGAGGAGCAGGCGCCCGGCCCGGAGCCGCCAGGAGGCUCCGCGGGCAUCCCCAGAGCCAGCCCUGUCCGGGCGUCAAGGAAAAGCACCGGGCCCCCCAUCCCGCUCGUGCCCAGGGUCGAAGAGAGACCCGGGUCGCGAUGUCAGUCUCGAGGGAGCAGCAGUGGGGUCACCAUGCUGCCUCUGAGCACCAUCGGGGGCCGGGGAAGGGAGGAGGUGCAGACCAGGCCUCCGCAGAGAAGAGCCCUGCCUUUUGAGAGCACUGCUGGUCAGCGAAGGGAGCCCGCCAGGAAGAAUGCAAGAGUGUCAGCCAAACGGGUGCCAACGUGCCCCAUGCCGGGUUUUUGCUUCACCUUCUACAUGGAUUCGAACGACUCCGAGUUUGAUUCGCAACCUUCUCCUGGAAGUUCGAGAGCUGGCUCGAAGUACACCUCCCCUUCGAAGCCUCGCGCGAAGUAUCAGGAGAUCCAGGCUUGGGAGUGUCCCCUGUGCUGCCUCAGCGUCCUCUACAUCUCCUGAAUCCUGAGGUGCCCCCGGCCUCCCGCUCCAGGCCAACCGCGCGCCCCCCAAACAUGCAUGCUGGGCUUCUGUGAUGUGAAACCCCCAAUAUGGCGGCUUCAAUAAACCCAACUUGCUGUCUCUCCCAA